AUGAGGGGGAAGGAGGGGGAGGCACAGAGGGCUGCGGGAGGAAAAGGGCAGAGAGAGGGCGGCCAGCAGCGUCGACGGGCGAUGAAGGUGGUGAUGGGCUAUGGCGGGACUUGGCCUGAUGGUCGGAUUGGGAAACGAUCGGCACGUGCUUGUCCGCCGCAAACCAGACCUGUGCUCACGUACGUCACUCUGGGGGGCGGCGACGGGAUGAGACGAGAUGGAGGAUGGGGAUGGGAUGAAGAUAAAAUGGGCCAAAUGCACAGCACCCGCACCAAGCACCGGGGAUCGAGGGAGACGAACGAGAGAGGGUCAGCGCCGGGCUAUGAGGGGACUGAGGCACUCUUGCAGGCGCCGACGCUCUAUAUACGGCAUGCGUACCACCUCGACGCCCUCGCCUCGCCUCGUCUCGCCCUCGUCCUCACCCUCGCCCACACAUAUACGCCUGCUGCGCGUUCCAGUCUCAGUGCGCGCCGGGUGAAGCAGCACGUUUUGGUCUACACGUUUCACGCCUGGGCAGUCCCGCACCGUUUCUGA